AUGAAGAUGAUAUUCAGACUUCCUCUUUUCCAUUUGCUCCUGCACUGUGCGACCCAGACAUUAGGUGAGCCUUUGGUUUAGGCCUCAUACUUUGACUAAUUCAACAAAACAAACACUUAUGUAGCUUAAGCCUUCUCUUCUCCACUAAACCAUGUCUCAAAAUUACACCUCAUUUCUCUUUCUGAAGGCGUCAAGAUUGAGUCUGUCCCAGCGUUCAAUGGUGAACGUGUCAUACAGACGGAGCUGGAGAAGACCGUGUCUCUAGUUUGUCAGCCUGAAGGUGGACUUGAGAGUGAGGAAGAGCUGAUGUGGCUGAGGAACGAUGCUGCAGUGACUCUUAAGGAGGGAAACACAAAGGGGAGCAGCAAAGUGUGUGUUACACCUGUCAUCCAUGACGACAAUGGCGCUACUUUCACAUGUCGCCUCAGAAAAAACGCCACAAUCAGCACCUCAGUCACCCUGGACGUCACAUGUGAGUUUAAAACAAUGCUUAAAUUAUCUGCUAAUGAUAUCAAUGCUAUGAAACAGUAUAUAGAUGUUUGAUUAAACAUUUUAAGCUUCUUUGGGGAUCAUCUGUUUUCUACUUUGGUCCAAACUGAACAUGUUAACUAUUUAAUGAGCUGCAGUGAAAUGCAGACAUUCAUUGUCCCCAGAGGAUAUAUAUCAUGAGUCCUCAGUUAGCCUAUUGGUCAUGCCUCUCUAAGGCUGAGAUUAAAGGUUUAGUCAGGAACUAUACUACUACUAUAAGUGACAAGUCAAACUUUUGUCUGGAUUCUGAUGUUCCCAUUUGGAUGAAUUUUAAUGACUUGUAGCCACAGUGGUGUCCCUCACUCGUUCCAAAAGAGACAUUUUGAAGCCCAGUGAUGGUGUUUUGUGUUUCCAAGUUGUGCCUCUCAUGCUUCAGUCGUGGCAUUAUACGGUGUAAAUCAUACACUAGGAUACCAAUAUUACGCCAUUGUGGGAUCAAUUAAACAGGGCAAAGGUAUGAUGAUGGUGGAGCUUUGACAAACUCAUGAUGUGAAAAAAGACUUAAAGCUGCAGGGUGUAGUAUAUGAACAACAUUCAACUGAAAAAAGUUAUUAAACCAGAGUAUAAUCAUUAUAAGUUUGGUCUAAUUAGAGUAAAAAAAUCACCUGAAUAUAAAUAUUGUUUUGUUGACAUUCAUUUAGAAAAAGUCUUUUCUAUCUACAUAAAGAGACGGUUCCCUCCACAGAGGCUGCUGUCCUGCACCAACAUGUUUCUUCACUGUGGGUAUUUAGUGGGUUGCUGUGAAUGCACUGAUUAAAAGACAAAAAAAAGGAGACCCCCAAGAAGAAGCAAAUAAAGAAGGGGAAAGGCAGGGGAGCAUUUCAAUCUUAAAUCUGCCUGCUAGAUUUUGCAAAACGUUCAACUAAAUUCUCUUUAGAACGUGCAAUAUACCAGUAUUGACGGAAACUUUCUUUAUUAAAAUAUUCAUUAAAACUUAAGUUUGUAACCGAGGUCCUUGCACUGUUUGCAGGGGACAAAGACAAAGCAGCAGACUGCCUGGGGACAAGCAUGAAGAAGCUCCCCAGGGAUAAUUUGUACUUUUGAAAAAUGAAAUGUCAGGAUUUUUGUAAAUCCAAAUGCAAAUUUACCUCUUUUGGUUACAAAUUUGUCGUUUAUUCUUAAUAACUGUUUAACUAUUUCAAUUCAGUUCCUUAACUCAUGAGCUACUGGAAGUUUAUACUUAGUUUUACAAUGUAGAAAAUACAGCAACCUAAAUAAGACAGAAUAAAUUUCAAACUAAAAUCAUGCCAAACCGCCAUUUUAUGCGCCAAUGUCUUCUAAAGUUUCAGUUGCACAACCAGUGAUAUCAUAAACUUAAACAUGGAUGAUAUCAUGUAAGUUCACCGUGUUUGUUAGUCAGAUUUGUGGAGUUGUAAUAUUUAUGAACACAGGAACCCUUGUUUUGCCUUUUUUCAAAUUUAACUCACUUUUGGGGGCAUGUUGAGCCAAUUACUCAUCACCAUUACCUCAAACAGCCAGAUGCACCUGCACCUGCACUUGGCACUGGGCUAUCAAAAUGGUGAAAGUUGGAGACUUGAUCACUUUUCUGCGGUGGAACUUUUUUUUCCCCUCAGCUUGACUUUGUGCAUCAGUAAGCCAUAACAGGAGCAGCAGUAAUCCAGCAGAGCUCCCUGAAGCGAAGCAGGUGAAGGAGGACUGAGUAGUGAGUGUGUACCCUUCAUCCAUUGAACAAAGAUGAAAGUAGUUCAGAAACGUCAAAGAUUUCUCAUUAUGCAUCUAGCAAUUUUUCACAUCAUGCCUUCAUAGAUGUGUCAGACAUUCUGAUUCAUAGGCAGGAAAACAUUCACAUGUUGACUGUAGACCUGGAUGGUAGGUGUAGAAAAGCUAUUUCAAGCUCAACAAUGCGUCUACACCUCACUCAAGACCAACAUGCCAAAGGGCUCUCAGAUGGAUGUUGGACCACUGGCUGUUUCCACAGCACAGAGCUGUGCGUCAUCACACUGUUGGUCAGAAAUAAGCUUUGACGAUUUGUGUGUACUAUAGGCUGAUUUACACCAUUUACAGUAAGAUGGGACCUUCAGAGCAACUAAUGCUGCGUUUAGAGGCUGUUGAUUGGUUAUAGGACAAGACAUUGAAGGAAACUGUCUGGGAGCUUUUGUGCAAAAUUUCAUUGUGCAAGCUAACCUCACAGUCACAAAUUAACCAAAGUGCACCUUUAUGUGGGUGUGAUCCAGGCAUCCAAGGUUUCAACUGAUUGGUCAAAUAAUACAUAUAGAUCUCUGGAAUCUGGAAUCAAUCUGAAAAAGAUUGAUUUCUUUGUUUUGAUGUCUUCCUUAUCAGUUCCCCCUCAGCUCUCUGGUUCAGAAGAGGUCACAGUAGAAGAGGAAGCAGUCCUCGCCCUGAGCUGUGAUAUCUGGGCCAAUCCACAAGUCUCAUCGGUGUCCUGGACACUCAAUGGAAGUGCUGUUGAUCUUCUCGCGAGUGGCUUCACCGUUACCAAUGAUGGAUCCACAAGCCAGCUGUCCACCAGCAGUGUUGAGGAAAGCUUGCAUCAAGGCACCUAUCAGUGCACAGCAAGCUCUCCCAAGUAUGGAGAACACAACAAAGUCUUCCGAGUCACAGUAACAGGUCAGCACACAUUUAUUAUAAAAAGUCCUAUUUUCACAGAAAGGUUUGUGACUGAUAACAUCUGCUUGAUCAUCUUCUUUGUCCUCACAUUUAGAAAAAACCAUUAAGUUCCCAUUGAUGCCCAUCAUAGCAGGAGUAGUGGUGGUGGUCCUGACUGCACUUCUCGCUGUUGCUUCACGAUGGAAAAAAAUCGCAAAGGUACGAUCAGAACAUGCAUACUGUACAUUCAACCAAAAAUAUAACCCUGAUUGACUGUAAACUCAACCUCUUGAUGCUACGUUUUUUCUCCUGACAGUGCUGCAAGUAGGCUGGUCGAAACAACUGCUCAUCUCAUCAGGCUUCUUUAAGAAGAUGUGAAAGCUUCACCACUCUGUUUGGAGCACAAAUGUUGUAGUUUUUAUUUAAUUGUAUUUUACUCUGAGUUUAAAUGGUUUCAAUUUUAGGGAAAUAAGAGCUUUUAGACCAAUACCAGACUGAUAUUCAUCCUUUUUGGGAUGAAGCUAGAUAGCUUAGCUUAGCACAAACAGCUGAAUCAAACCAAAGUAAGCCACCUGAAAACCACUCUCUUUGGUUAUUGAACGGCUCAGAUAAACAGGCAUGAAAUGUCCAUUUAUGAGUUUCAGGGGAACAGUUGGUGGAUUUUGGUCACAAUGAGGACAUGUUUCCCUUUUGUUUCCUCAGCAAAGCUAAACUUAUCCCCUGCUGUAACUGCAUAUUCAGUGUAUAGGAGUCUUUUUUGACUCUCGAUGUGUGAGCAAAUCUGUAUGAUCUGGUAAAUUUGUGAAGUUUUCCCAGCGACCUUGAAGAGCGUACAGAACCGUGACCCUGAAGCAUAUUUUGAGUACUCCACUCCCAUUUUCUUGUCAGUAUCUUUGCAAUAAAGCCUCUCUAAGAACACACGAGGAUUUUACAUUUGCUCUGAACUUUAACUCCUGACUCAACAAUAAAACCCGGGCUAGUUAAAAUCGUGUUAUACAUUUACUCUUAUUGAGACAAAAGGAUAACCUUGUACUCAUCAAGGUCAAGGUCUGUCUCUGUGUUCUCACCAAUAAAGUAACAUUUAACAGGAUCACAUAAAACAGUGUGAUACCGAGCACGGGUGCAAGCAUGUUAAACAGGGAUAGGAAGACAGGUCUGAGAUGAACUUAGCGUGUAUAUUGGGAAAACUUAAAGCAUUAUAAGAAGCAUUUUGUUGGAGAAGGCUUUUAUUUUGAAAUAAUAUGUUCCUGUAAUGUAGUUAUUUAACUAAUUUUUGUCUCCUAUUUUCUUGUUUAAGUGGACUGUGCAUAAAAAUCAGUAAUAACUGACAAUUUCAGGGGUAACUUAUCCUGUAAAAAUAUUCUAUGAUUCUUAUUAACAGGUUUAAAAAGACAGACACCACUUGAACCCUAAUGUUGAGUAAAUACCAAAACCAUAUACAUUUAUUCACUGUAUUGCAAAUGUUUUUCCAAACUUCUUUGCUGCUUGUUAUAUGUUUAGAAGUGGUUUAAUCCACAUUAAUCUGAUGAUUUACUUAUCUCUCGGCUUUGUGAAACAGAAAUAAAGGCUGUGCCUGUAGAAACUGGUUGUUUUUUUCUUUUGUUUGAAGUAUUUUUUGCAUUUCAGCAGUGACAUUAUUUGUUUACAAUGCAAAAGAAGAACACAUUAAACAAAUUACAAGUCAAUAAAGGCUGAAACAUAAUGUUGUUGGUGCCUUUUUAUAGUAUCUGGGACCUUCAAAAAAUAUGUGGACAUGUCAAGGGCCUCACGGCUCCCGAUAUGCAAGUGUGGAGUGCCAUCUGCUGGUCACUUCCCUUCAAACCAUACUUCUGAGAAAGUGUGGGUAAGGGCAGCUUCUCUAUGUAUUACAAAAGUUAUCAUACCUGGCCCUUUUCACAAAGACACUUCAAUCUUUCUGUGGUUUUUAAAAAAGCAGAAUCCAACUGGCAGGGUGAUACCUAAAACUUUGUACAAAUUCUUUGUAUUUCCACAGUAAACGAUUUAUGGGAAUAUCUGGCACUACAUGAGUAUGUUAAACUGUGCUCUUUUUCUACAGAAAGAAAAGAAAAAAAACUAUCAUGAACAUCUGGGCAUAUUCACAAGCUACAUCAACUUCAUUAAUCAAUCCCCAGACCUACCCAACUGUAUGAACACCUACACCAUGCUUAAUCAAAAUGAAACCCCACAUAGAUAACUAAAAUAAAAAAAUACAAUAAAAUUUUAAAAGACAUAUUACAGACCUUAGGAGCGAUCAACUUUAUUGUCAAAGAGCUUUUAAUUAUAUUGAGUUAUAAAAUAAAUGAGUUUCACUGGUCUAGACUUCAUCCAUAGAAAAAUCUCUAGUUAAUGCAAGUGAUGGUGAAAUGUUAGUGGGAGAGAUUUUUUAUAUAUUUAAUGGUCCAGACAGGAGGAUAAUGAUGAUUAUGAUGAUGAUGAUGACAAUAUUCAAGAGCAUAAUUAGCUAUCACAAAUUUAAAAAAAGAAAAGAAGAAAAAAAAAGGAUACAAAGAAAAAAAAAGCUGAAAGUUUACAGCUGGCUUAGCACCUUGGGUUGUGCACAUACAGGGCACAUACAAGGCUGAGUCCCUGUCUAACUACAAACUAAAAAUGUACAUGAGAGCUAAAAAUUAACGUUACAAUUCUCAGGAAUUUUUAACUUAUAUGACUAAAAAACAUGUUUGUAGUAAUGUAGUAAGGGUCAGUAAUGGUCAUAGAAGUGUAGUAUGUGUACUUCUUUCUACAGGAACUAACAGCAGACCCCCUCCCUUCCAUCCCCUUCCGAUGCACGCCGAGACGUAACGCCUUACGUCAUUGAAGGAGGGGUUGUGCGUGAAGGGCGUGGUGAUGUGUGUGUGUGCGCGGUUUGGUUCAAUCCGGAGUCCGCCGCCAAAUUCAAACAUUGAAAGAAAGAAACAAGACGAGCAGCAACCGAGGCAGAGAUUGGAAGGAGAUUUUUACCAUCGCUACAACUCUAGGUAAGCUUUCUCUACGGUAGAUGAUUAGAUAGCUGAUCUCCUUUGUUUUGCUCCGUGUAAGUAUCAUACACUUUAUUUAGUGUGGAGAGAGACGAUAACAUUAGCUCACACUGCUAAAUCGUUGUUCAUGGUUGACAAAAUAGAUCUUUUAAAGCUAGAAUAAAACCUUUAAGUUGUUUCUUUGUCGGGUGCGUAAAGCUACCUCUUGGUUUUUAUUCUCCCUAUGUGUGAUAAAUCACUGCACAGGAAAAGUGAAAUAGGACAGAGACGCUGCAGAGCAACAAGUCCCGAUCAAACAACAGACACUCAUCUUUCACAGACUCAAGCUGUUUUUACACCAUCGGUAUUUAUUCAACGGAACAGAUAAAUGUGAUGUUUGCACGUUUUUCUAAAGAGUCAGGAAAUUUCUCUGUGAAUAUUUUUCGUAUGCUUUGUUCUUUUAAAGUGUGUCUCAAGUCUUUGUUUACGAUACUUAAUUGUUCUAACAAUACUACAUGUAGGACUUUCUGUACUUCCUAAAAGUUGAAUGUUUCUCUAAGCUUCUUUUGCCAAACCAACAGUACGGGAGAGUGGGGCAAGAUGAGCCAUUUUUCAUAUUUCAGAUCACUACAUCAAGGCAAUCAUAGUUUUGUCUCUAACUAGUGAAUCUGCAUAUAUUUCAAGAUGUUGUGCAUCCCUGCAAACCAACAGAAUGAGUGUAACCAUAACCGUCUUAAUGAUAUAGCAUGCCAAAAAAAGCGGUCUCCUAUGGUCAACUUACCCCCAUGUAUGGAAUAAGUUGACCUCGUGUUGUAGCUCAUAGAUACAUCGAUUGAUGUAUAAAACAAAUUUAAAAUGAUCAUUUUUGGUCUGAACACAAUUCUAAUAAAACUUAUGACAGACUAAAUUCACUUUCAAGAGUGAAAAUUUAUUUUUGGAAAUAAAUGUCUAACCCCUUUGCCAUUGUGCUUCUAACCUUCACAGACUCCAUGAAUUGAUGCCCAUCUCCUAAAUAUUUGGUCACAUGAUCAAUUUAUUUUACCAAUUCCCAGCAACAGGGGGUGGCUCAACUUACCCCACUCUUCCCUAGAAGCAAUGUAAAGUUAGAUGAGACAAAGAACAAGAAGUAGCCUGAUUUUAUCUAUCAUCAAUAAUAUUCAAACUCUGUUGUUCCCUCCUCUCCCCCACUUUUAGGUAAACAUGUCAUCUUCUGUUAUGGAUGGAGUCGGUAGAGCUGUGGUGGGAGUCUGGAGAGCCCACACGGUCCUGGAUGAGUCGGACGGAGCAGAAAGCUCCCCAGAAGCCCCUGACCGUUUUCGCAAGCUGCGAUCUUCAUCUUCUCUAAAUUCUCUGCGAAUGUCUUUACGCAAGCGUCUUCCGCUGCGCACCGUCCAGAGUAACUCCCUCCCAGAGAAUCCCACCUGGGAACCAAGAAAAGAGCAACCAAAACCCAACACAGUCCACAAACUCACUCGCAGUGCCAGGAACUCUAUCAGUGGAGUUUAUCAGGUACAUGUAACACAAGGGAUGGGGAUUUUAUGCACAUAGAGACCCUGAAAUCAAAUGUCUUUCUACACACAUUGGCAUAUAGUAAAGCUGAGAUUCAAAAACCCACCAGAAUGUCCCUCAAUUAAUUUAUGUUAAAAGUGUGUAAGAUAAUACAAUAUCUGUGUUGAUUUUAUACCUUCUCAUUGGUUGUCUUAAUUGUGCAACCUUUCUUUCCGACCCAUUUCCAGAGGCUGCAGAGGAACAGAGAAUUUUCACGUGAGGAGUGUUUGGUAGAAACCCCAGGUCGGGAACAAGACACAGAAGAAGCUGGUGUAUCAACUGCCCGCACACCAAAGCGAACACCUGGCAGGGCUGCAACACCAAGACGCACCCCUAGAGUGGUGGCCACACCUGGUCGCACCCCUGGGUCCAGAGGAAGAAAGACUCCUGAGGCGAGUGUACGUGGGGUAAAAACAGGAGGUGGGAGGAGGCAGCUGGUCCGCAUGGCCGCUUUACGGAGUCCAUUUGCCUCCCCGAACACGCAGAACCAGAGAAUGUAAGUCUUCAAGAGCCACAUGAUAACGCACAUGACUACAUUGACACAUGAUAUAGCUGGUGUUUUUCAGCUUUGUUUGCUAGUUUAAUAGAUUUUCUCUCAACAACAGAAAGUUCGACCAAGAUUUAGAGUCUGUGUCCAGUGGACUCAGGAGGCUCAAACAUCUUUCCAAGGCCUUUGAUAGCCUCAUUGGCAGAGAUGACAGGUAAGAGUACCCUUAUGUACUUCAAUGUAAUGACUAGUAGGUAUGUGGUAAAUGUAAGUGCUGAUCAAAUGUUUAGGAACGUUAAUUUUAGCAGUUGUUUACAUAAAAACAAAAGAAAUGUCAGUUAUUUAAGAAGCCGUCUCCUUUAGUUUAUACAUAUUCUGCAUGGAGAAGACCUAAGAGGCUUUUGACCACCCCAAGAAUCCCACUUCACAGCACAGCUUGAGGGCCCCUGGACCUCCUUCCCCUCCCCCUAACUCACAUUCUUCCCAGCUCGGUUCAAAACUGGGUCUGUGUUUAUGGUAUUCGAAUGAGGAGGGGGUGAGUGGGAGACCAGAGGGGGAGAGAAAGUGCAGCUUUGGGAAUUGGAGUCAUAUGAAAUGUCAAAGCCGUGCUUGAGAGAGCUUGCAUCACUUCCUGUGUUAACAUUCAAAAAGUUGAUUCGUGACCAGCCCAUGAGGAAUGAGACGUGCUGCGGAAAUCGGAGGGGCGCAUGAAGAGUGACCUUGUCUGUUAGAAUCGGCGCGCAUAAUAAUCAGCCAACCGCUCCCCUCACUGUACAGCAAACUCGUCUGUUGGGAAUUUAUGCAUGGGUUUGUUUCCCUCCCAAAACAGGCGGUUCAACUAUUCACUUAUGGUGGAGUAGGAAAGCAGGUAAACCAAAGUAUCUAAAAACCCUCCUCUGACAUCGUAUCAGUCGUGAAAAAGUGCUCCAGCUGUUACUAACUGAGUGACAUGGAUGUGCAUGGCAGCACUUGCCUUGUGCCUGUAUUUGAAUGCAUGAUUUGAGCUAUGAGUAACAUGCCUGUCUUCAGCUCACACUCCCCUCACUACUCUUUGCUUUAUGUUUUGACUUUUGGAUGUUUCUUUAUUUUUAUUUCUUCAACUCUUACUAAGAUUUCAGCAAGAUUAAAAAUGGCAGUGUUGUCUAAAUUCAUGAUGUUCACACUCUAUAACAUUAUGACAGCAUGCGUGAAAAAGUGCAAGCAAGUUUAAGGACUUUUACAAUUAAUAAUGAUUAACACUGGUUCAUACUCUUGCAUAUGUUGAACAGUGUUCUCCUUUUUUUCUUACAGAUCCUCUACAGGAGAACGUCCAGGAGGAGCAGUGAUGAGAAAGUUGGACCCCAAUGGUAAACUCUGUCGCUCAAACCUCUCACGUCGAGCGACAAAACUCUCGAACGCUUUGGGAGGUUGGGCCAACACAGCUGUGAACACCGUUCGCAAAUCCAACUGA